AUGGAAGAAGUAACGCCGGCAGCGCAGAUCAUUCGACCGGCAGGUCUGCUAGAACGACUUCACAUCUCUCGCCAGCGUCUUGGUUUGGGUGCAACUGUCCUCGUUGCUGCCAAGUUCGUCGCGUCCAAUUCAUCCCAGGAGCGUUCCUUGCACCGCGAUGAAUUCCAUGACGCCGUAGUUGAAGCCAUCGACCAGCAUCCAGCUCUUGCCGUACGAAUUCACAAUGAGGUCGAGACCACCGGCCCUCCUUCGCUCAUGCGCAUGUCAGCUGUCGAUCUCGACCAAGGAAUACAAUUCCUUACUUCGGAACAGAGUUCUAAGGGGUUUCAAGCCGUUGUCGAAGACGCGUUGGUCACGCAGUUUGACUCGUCCACCGAAAAUAGCCCGAUGUGGCGCUUCACGGUCUUACCGGACAAUCAUGUCAUAUUCCUAUACCACCAUGUCCUCGGUGACGGGCAGAGUGGGCUUGGUGUUCUUCAGACCGUCGUUCAGGCACUGAACAAGGCUGCUGGAGCGUCGACAACUGUGGUUCGCGAACGCUUCUAUAUACCACGGCAGAAGCUAGAACUUCUCCCGCCGAUUGAGGAACGCACCAACUGCGAUAUCACGCUACGAACUUUCUUCCACGCCAUCAUCGACGAGCUUUUGCCUUCGUGGACGAAGAACAAAGUUUGGACGGGAAACCCUGUGUUGCCAGCCGUGCCUACUCCGCCGGGUCGCGUUGCGACUCGAGUAAGGAUCGUCUCUCUGCCUCCGGACGCCGCCUCGAGACUGCUAACGCAAGCUCGAUCGCACCAAACUACUAUAACAAGCAUAAUCCAUGUUUCUGCAAUACUCGCCCUCUCGCAUUUGCUUACCGAGCCUCACGUUUCUUCGAAGACUCCCUCUGACACUGGAGACAGCAAGGAGGUUCAUCACACGAACGCGAACUCGAAGUACGAGAAGAUAAAAUCACAUACUGCCGUCUCUCUCCGUUCAUUUGCUAAUGUUCCCUCGACAACAAUGUACGAAACCGCAUCGGCGCAUGAUCAUUCGGAGACCAUCGUCUCAACGCGACUACCGUUUCCAUGUUGCGCCUCGGCCGCGCCGCAGAGCUGGAAAGACGACUUCCCGUGGUCCAAGGCCUCUCGUAUCUCGAAGGAUCUCAAGAAAGGCGGCCCGUAUGCGCGUUCAAAAUUGGGUCUACUAAAGUUCCUGGACGGGAAGUUCGAGGGGUACUGGGCCGGAAAGCUGGGGAAGAAACGAGACGAAAGUCUGGAGUUAUCAAACGUCGGUUCGUGGUCCCUUCAAACAUCCGCCCAGCCCAACGGAAUCCAAGACGGGCAGUCAAAUGAGAAGGACGAAAGCGAGAACACCAAGUGGGGUGUCCUCAGUGCCUAUUUCGCUCAGGACGACAACGUCGUCGGCUCGGCAAUGAAAGUGAAUGUCAUCGGCAGUCCAAACGGGGAACUGAACGUCUGCGUCACAUGGGGGGAGGGUGCGGUGGAUGACCAGCUUGCUGAAGCUUUUGCGGGAGGAUUGAGGCACGGGUUAGAGCAGUUGUCCAGCGCGUCGCCCUAG